AGCUACGGUUUGGACCGUUAGUCGAACUGAGCUCUACUCUACUCUUCCUAACGGCUCGACUGUGCUUCUCGCCCACAAUCGUCUCUGAAACUGCAAAUCCCGUAUCUCGUAUUCGUCUCUCCCGCCUAGGCGAACCAUCGAAGAUCGAUCGGCCUUCAGGAAUCAGAGCGCUUGGAUUCAGAGGCUGAUUCAAAUCCCCGAAAUGGUGAAAGCGAUGAGGGUUUACGAGCUGGGCGGGCCUGAGGUACUGAAAUGGGAGGAUGUGGAGAUAGGAGAGCCAGGGGAAGGGCAGAUUAGGGUUAAAAACAAGGCGAUCGGGCUCAACUUCAUUGAUACUUACUUCCGCAAAGGAGUCUACAAAGCUCCCAAUUUUCCAUUCACACCAGUCUUUGGUAUUUUAGGCGUGGAGGCUGCCGGAGAGGUGAUAGCUGUGGGGAAUGGGGUAACGGAUGUCAAAGUGGGUGAUAUUGUUGGAUAUUCAGGUAACCCCAUGGGAGCAUAUACAGAAGAGCAGAUUCUCCCUGCCGAUAGGGCUAUACAUCUUCCUCCUUCAAUCGACCCCAUUGUUGCAGCAUCUGUCUUGUCAAAAGGCAUGACUGCUCGAUUCCUAUUACGCCAAUGUUUCAAGGUUGAACCUGGGCACACUAUCCUAGUUCAUGCAGCAGCAGGAGGAGUAGGGUCUCUACUGUGCCAGUGGGCAAAGUCCCUUGGUGCGACUAUUAUUGGAACCGUGUCAACCAAGGAGAAGGCUGCACAAGCCACGGAAGAUGGAUGCCACCAUGUCAUCAAUUACAAAGAAGAAGAUUUCGUAGCUCGGGUCACAGAGAUAACGUCAGGGAAAGGGGUCGAUGUGGCCUAUGAUUCCGUGGGAAAGGACACGUUUCAGGGAUCACUGGCAUGCUUAAAGAUCAGAGGAUACAUGGUGAGCUUCGGUCAGUCGUCAGGGACUCCCAACCCAGUUCCUCUAUCUGCUCUUGCGCCAAAGUGCUUAUACUUGACGAGACCUUCUCUCAUGAUGUACACCGUAACCCGGGAGGAGCUGCUAGCGACGGCUGCUGAUGUUUUCGCCAACAUGGAGUCAGGGGUGCUGCGAGUUCGGGUUAACCAUACGUACCCUUUAUCUGAAGCUGCAAAGGCGCAUGCGGACUUGGAGAGCCGGAAGACCACUGGGUCUGUGGUGUUGAUUCCGUGAUGCAGUUCUUCCCAUUCUCGUUGGGACAUGUAACUGGGUAUGUGGUUCCAUGUAAUGUAACUAUCUACCUGCCUUAGUCAAAUUGGAAUAUAGGAUACAAGCGUCUAUUUGUACUUGAUAGUUGAUACUACUAGUUCAUGAAUCCUUAAGCUCAAGCAAGUAUGGGUCUCCUAAUAACGUAUCAGGAGUUAGGUCACGCAAUCUGAUUAGGUGCUAACCUACUCAAGAAGUCAAAGUCUUUAGAUUAAGAAGUCAACCUAAUGGUUUGAAUUUAAUAGAGGGAGGGUAUUAGAAAAUUUAUAAUGCGUUAUGUGUGGUCAUAAUGGGUUGUGUAAUUACUAUUUGCGUAUCAUGAAUUGGUC